UUUCAAAACUCGUCUCCCUUUAUUCCGUUUAACCCUUUAACCGCUCCUUGCUGCUUUCCAGGAAUCAAAUCUCCUUUCCCAGAAGAAUUAAUUCAUAUCUAUCUUGCUUUUCUGAGAAAGGAGAAGAAACAACACCAAUAUGGGGCUGCUCUCCAACAGGGUGGCUAAGGGAAGCCUCAAACCAGGGGAUCACAUCUACUCUUGGAGGACUGCUUAUAUCUAUGCCCAUCAUGGCAUCUAUAUUGGGGAUGACAAAGUCAUUCAUUUCACCAGACGUGGCCAAGAAGUAGGAACUGGGACAGUGUUGGAUGUUCUCUUGGUUAGCUCAGGACCAGUCCGACCUCAACAGCCCUGCGAAGUGUGCACUCCACGGGAAGAGGACAGUGGGGUUCUCUGCUCAUGCUUGAGCUGCUUUCUUGCAGGGGGUGUCUUGUACCGUUUUGAAUAUUCUGUCAACCCUGCCCUAUUUCUGGCAAAAGCCCGGGGAGGAACGUGCACCCUUGCAGUGUCGGACUCAGAUGAUAUUGUGGUCCAUCGAGCAAAAUACCUGCUUGAAAAUGGCUUUGGUUGCUAUUGCAUAUUUAAGAGCAAUUGUGAGGACUUCGCUAUUUAUUGCAAAACCGGGCUGCUUGUUAUUGAUCAAAGAACAUUAGGGCAAAGUGGUCAAGCAGCAUCUAUAAUAGGGGGACCUCUUGCAGCCGUUUUAGCAACACCGCUGCGUCUUGUCACCACCAACCUUUAUGGGAUGGUAGCUGUAGGCAUUGGAGUAUACUGCGCUAGUAGGUACAGUACUGACAUUGGCAAGAGGAUGGAUGUCGUGAAGGUGUCUGUGGAGGAUAUGACAAGGAGACUUGCAGCUGGCUCGCUCCAGGUGGUGGAGGCCCAAAUCUCGGCUCCCUUGCUCCAAGCACCCGAGUCCCAAAUCUCAGCUCCCUUGCUCCAGGCGCCCGAGUCCCAAAUCUCUGCGCCCCCUACAAGAGGUUCUUCCAACCUUUUCUUCUGGUCAAGAAGCCCUUCCAACCUUGUCACUCGGUAGUUGGUUUAUUCAAGUGUUUAUUUAUGGUGUUGGAUUGAGUACUUUCUUUGCAAUGUCAUCUACUUAAUGGACUUGUUUGUUGUGUGUUAAUUGUAAUAUGGACUGAUUUACUAAUUUGCUAUCUAUGUGUGUGAGACAGUGAGAGACUCUGAAAGCUAAAAGAAUUUGUUGAUUUAUCUUA